CAGGAAUUCAUUCGCAACAGCCAGGUUUCCCUCCUGCCCCUGCCACAACAUACACACUGCAGGGCGCAUGCGCUACCCCAGCCGCCAUGUUGUGUCCUUAACAAAAACUGGGUGACGGGAGCAGAAGGAGCAAGUGUGAGGGAUUAAAUGAGACCUGGGACCCGAAACCUGAGCUCCGAUGCGGGCUGGAGAUUCCGGGGGUCCGGGGGAAAAUAAUCGGAAAGCGGCCUCCCUCCAUCACUGAAAAGCUGGCGAGAAAGCAGCGGUUGCUCCAAGGAAAUCUUCACCAAAACCAUUUCUUUGCUACCUUUGAAGUUCUCGCUGCAGAUGAUAUACUGAGCCUUGUGCCUUUUUGUACACAAGAAUAUAUAUUGCAAGAAAGAUCAAUUAGUUCACCGGAAGGAACGGUUAACUCUAAAAGAUUGCACAUUUGAGGACAAAAAACUGAUUAAGGGAUCAGCAUCAUGUCUAUCACCAAUACCCCGACUAGUAAUGAUGCAUGCCUGAGCAUCGUACACAGUUUGAUGUGUCAUCGACAAGGUGGAGAAAGUGAAACUUUUGCCAAAAGAGCCAUUGAGAGCUUGGUCAAAAAGCUGAAGGAGAAAAAAGAUGAGCUUGAUUCAUUAAUCACAGCUAUAACAACAAAUGGCGCUCACCCCAGCAAAUGUGUCACAAUACAGAGAACGCUAGAUGGAAGGCUCCAGGUUGCUGGACGUAAAGGUUUUCCACAUGUGAUUUAUGCUAGGCUCUGGAGAUGGCCUGAUCUUCAUAAAAAUGAACUCAAACAUGUAAAAUAUUGUCAGUAUGCAUUUGACCUGAAAUGUGACAGUGUCUGCGUGAACCCUUAUCACUAUGAGCGUGUGGUUUCUCCUGGCAUUGAUCUCUCAGGAUUGACGCUGCAAAGCUCAGGUCCAACAAGCCUUUUAGUCAAAGAUGAAUUUGUAAAUGAUUAUGUGCAAGUUGAAGGACCGCCGCCUCUGAUGAAUACUGAAGGACAUUCUUUGCAAACUAUUCAGCAUCCACCCAGCACCAGGCAACCAACUGAAAGUUAUAGUGGACCAGCCAUGUUAACACCAGCAGAGCCCAGUACUCCGAGCACCACCAAUUUCCCCAGCAUUCCUGUUGCUACCACGAGUCAGCCAAGCAACAUGUUGCCAGUGAACCACAGUGACGGAUUAAUACAGAUUGCCUCGGGGCCUCAGCAAACAACACAGCAGAAUGGCUUUCCAGCACAACCAGCAACUUACCAUCACAAUAGCACUACAACUUGGACUGGAAACAGAACAGCAACAUUUACUCCUAACAUGCCUCAUCACCAGAAUGGACAUCUUCAACACCAUACCCCUAUACACCAUACCGGCCAUUACUGGGCGGUACAUAAUGAACUUGCCUACCAGCCACCCAUAUCUAAUCAUCCAGUUCCUGAAUACUGGUGCUCUAUUGCCUACUUUGAGAUGGACGUACAGGUUGGAGAAACAUUCAAGGUGCCAUCUAGCUGUCCUGUGGUUACUGUGGAUGGAUAUGUGGAUCCUUCUGGGGGUGAUCGCUUCUGUCUAGGCCAGCUCUCCAAUGUUCACAGAACCGAAGCCAUUGAAAGAGCCAGGUUACACAUUGGGAAAGGUGUGCAAUUAGAAUGCAAAGGGGAAGGAGACGUUUGGGUACGAUGUUUGAGCGAUCAUGCCGUUUUUGUGCAGAGCUACUACUUGGAUCGAGAAGCUGGGCGUGCACCUGGAGAUGCAGUUCAUAAGAUAUACCCAAGUGCAUAUAUUAAGGUGUUUGAUUUGCGUCAGUGUCACCGUCAGAUGCAACAGCAGGCUGCUACUGCUCAGGCUGCAGCCGCUGCUCAGGCAGCAGCUGUUGCUGGAAACAUUCCUGGACCGGGUUCAGUGGGAGGUAUUGCCCCAGCUAUUAGUUUGUCUGCUGCAGCUGGAAUCGGAGUGGACGAUCUGCGCCGUCUAUGCAUUCUCAGGAUGAGCUUUGUUAAAGGCUGGGGACCUGAUUACCCAAGACAAAGCAUUAAAGAAACCCCUUGCUGGAUUGAAAUCCACCUACAUCGUGCCCUUCAGUUGCUGGAUGAAGUGCUUCACACCAUGCCAAUUGCAGAACCACAACCCCUGGACUGAGUUGCUCUGUGGCAGUCACUGUCUUGCUUGGGUGGGGUGGGGAGAAGACUAGAGUUCCGCCUUGCUUAAAAACUGAUGUAUUUUACCAUUGUUCAGCAUAUUCUUUCAGAACAAAAAGGUAUGCAAAAAAAACCAAACAAAACUACUGUUUAUUUUCUCUCAAGACAAGAAACCCAGUAUUUUAGCUUAUGUCUUUGUUUUUUUUUAUACAUAUGUUGAAACUCCACCAGUAUGGUUCUCAGCUUGUAUUAUUUGUAACAGACUGCAUUUUAGUUACCAGGAAUAAUGUCCUACAUAUAAAUUCUAUGAAGAAUGCUUAAUUUGGUUUAGCAACAGGCUGUUCAAUUAUUUGAAGUGAGAUACUUUUUCCGAGUCCAAGUUGAACUUCUGCGGUGGUGGGGGGAGGGUGCGGUUGGGUAGUGGAGACUGAGGUUGGUGGGAUGAAAUGUAGGAGUGCGGAUGGAUUUAUUUUUGCUGCCUGUGCUGGAAGAGGCAGCACAAGUAAAGGGGGGAUGUAUUUUAAGUUAAGGAAAGGACAUUGUUUUUGAUUUAUGUUUUAGAAAUUUCCAGAGCAGUCAAAAACUGAUUUAAAACUAGGAAGAUGGUUGGCAACCUUGUAUAGCAGUGGAGUUCAUGCAUUAUAGCAAGGUGACCAGUCUCUAGCUACUCUUCACAGAUCCAGGCUUUCUUUAUUUGCAAGAACACCUGUAUUGGCACUUUAUUCAAAUUUUUUUUUAUAUACUGCACCCUUGAGAGAUCUCCUCUGCAGAGAGUUGUUUGUAUUGUACAGUUUGUUGUUCACCAUUAAUAUAAGUUAGCUUCCUUAUUUUUUAGUUUGAAUUUUCUUUGAUUUCUUUUUUUUUGCAUGUGGCCAUUGUUUACUAACUUGCUUUGGCCAAAGUUUUCAGAAUGCACACAGCUUAUGAUCAGAAAGGAGGUUCAAAAAGUACUUCUGAUCAAAGGGGAAAAAAAUAACUUUUAUAAGGAGUCCAGAUCUUGUUAAUAACACUAAAACAAAAGGUGGAACUUUUUCCCCAUGUGCUAUUCAGUAGUAUCUGACACUGAAACAUCUGUGUUCUUUGUUUUCUUUAUCCCCACCAACUAACCCAUUCUAUUUUAACCAGUUACGGGGUGAGCAAGAAAAGACUAACUUUGUCAGUGAUGUUCCCUGUAAGAUGGGUCUUUUCAGCAUUUGAUGAUGGUGAAUAUUGUUAAGAAUUGCAGCCAAAUUAAAUUUUAUUUUGUUAUUUUUAACAGGUCAUACUGUAUAAAUAGAUGUUUUGAACUUCAUUUUAUAAAAAUUGUUCAGCAGUGUUGAUCCUUAAUGCAAUUGGCCCUAAAAUGGUUCUCGAAAAAUGACAUCACCUCAAAUUGCUUCUACCAUUAUCACCAGCAGUGUUACAGAGUGCAAAUAUUUUCAUCAGAUGCAACCUAAAUUUGGACAUUCAGAAUCUGAAUUGUGUUAUUAGAUGUUUUCCAGUUUGGUUGGGCAUAAUAUACAAGUUUCGAGCAUUAUCCUUUACUGAUAUCCAAAUUGGAGCAAAGAAUGAGAUGCCCAAAACUGUGUGUCUUUGAAUAUUUCACAUUAUUGAAAUCUAAAUUAUUUUAUUUGGUGCUCUUGAUUGCAUCUGCUGAUUGGUUUCUGUGAAAUACAAUGAUACCACCAUUUCAGGUGAAACCAAAUCUAAAAUGAAGUGUACCUCUUAUGAAACAUUUGUAAUUUUUACAGGAAUUAAGUGAAGAUAGGAAGCUAUCAAUUUACAUCUGUUUUUAACAAAAUCACAUUGUCUUUGAAAUGCUUGUCUAUAUUGUUGAAUGUGUGACCAUCCAGGAAUGCAAUGAAUCAUAACAUGAGUACAAGAUUUUUUUUUGCACACCCCUCCUUAAAAUGUUGAAUCUGGAAUUAUGUGCUUUCUGGUUACUAGCUAUUAUUUAAAUUGCAAGUGAUUUGUUAUUGUAAAGUUUCUAAAACUUUAAGGGGUAAGGGGGAAUUGCUGGCAAACUUUUUUUCCUCCCUUUUUUGAUGUGUAUGUGUGCACAUUUCUCAAAUUCUUUACACUAUGCUUAGGCACCAUUUGUAUCUAGAGACUACUAGAAACCAAGUAUUAUUAGGUAACUUAAAACAACACAUGGUAAAGGUCUGAAAUAUCUAUCUAGGAAUAGUAAAGAUGGCCCUUUUUCUUGCAUUAGAGUUGCAUUGGAUUAUGGUAUUUAUUAAAACUAAUGUGCAAGAGAUCGUGCAGUGACAUUACACGGGUUAGAAUGAAAUAAUAGCAAUGAGUUCCAACGAGAUGACUGAGUGCCUGUCUCGCACAUGUAUUUUAAUUUGCAUUGGGGGGAAAAUUGUGAUACCUUGUACGUAGACUUAUUCAGAAUACUAAUUUUCUUUAUUUAAAUUUAGGAAUACUUUUCAGUUUGAAAGUUACAAAUACCCAACUUUUAAAAGCUGAAUAAAAAAAAACCUUGAACUCAUCAAGCCCAAGCUGCUUUCUGUGAGUCCAGUCAGCAUUGUAGGUUCUUAUGAUUGUCUCUUCUAGUAAGUGAGCAGGUGGAAAAUACAACAAAAAAAUCCUUUCACACAAGAGAUAACAGCCUUGGAAGGGAUUACCAAUCUUUUAAAGAAGGGAAAAAUAUGGCAUCUACAAUUUAUUUUUGUUGUAAUAGACUGACCAAGGCCAUACAUGUUGACUGAGCUCAAUUAAGACUUGAGAAGAAUAAUUCAUUGUGCAUCAAAAUAGCAAACUGUAUUUGUCCAUAUUAAUUGUUAUCCAAAAUUAAGAUUGUACAUGUUACUUUAAUACCAGAUCUUUUAACAAGGCUUUAUUAGUGAGUCAGGCAUUCUGAAGAGUGUUAUUUUGAGUCACUGUUUGAUUGGUGAUGGGAUGGCAUUGACUGCACAUGGCAGCACUGGAAAUCUGUCUGGGGUAGAACAAUUUUAACAAAAUGUCAUUGAAUGUUUUGGUUGGAGCAAGUAAUGUAUGCAUUUUAUCUUUUAAGCAACUAGUAUAAAUAAAAUAUUUGCGAAGAAUAAUACUUUUCAUUUAUACAGCCUCUUUCUUAAAAUUAUCUAUAAAUUUAGAUAUUUUAUUCAUCCUGAAAUAUUGUACAUCUCCAAGUAAUGUAGACUGAUU